CGGAAAAUGGCGCAGCUAAGCUUGUCACAGAAUGGUACUCCCAGCGGUAGAUAAGCAGUCGUAAUGCCCUCAUGACGUCCGGCAGAGGCAAUACAUGAAAGGGUAAAAAGCCAUGGCUUGAUUAUUGUUACUCAUUAUCUUCUAUUUUGGGGCUUAAACGUGAAUUUCGAGCGUCAGCCAUGGCAUCCGGCAGCACUACAGGUCAAAAGAAGGAGUUGGAAGACCCCGAAUGGCUAGAGAACUUCGUCUGUAGCUGGACCGAGAAAGGAAAGCUGAAAGCGUCUGGAUUUCCAGAGGACAUGUAUCCUAGUUUGAGACUAUACAUGGCAGCAAUAUGGCCAAGACAGUGGCCAAGAGCUCUAGAAAUGAUUAUGGAUCAGCAGAACCAUACGUUCAUCGGAGAUGCCUCAAUUUCCUUCUCAUCAAACGAAGGUGAAGAGCAGGACGUCAAAGAAACCAUGGCCAGUUGUACAUUUUGCACAGGUCCGUUCCCAUUAGCCACUGUGCCAAUGUAUCAGUUUCUGAUGACACUUUGGAAAGCUUUAGAGCAACGACCAGAAGGAUUUCUUACAAAUGAAGAGGACAAGACCCUCUUAAAUCGCUUCCACGAACACGUGAAGAACGUUUGCAGUCUCGCAGCUUCAAAAGUACCACAAAAAGACACAGAGGGGAAGACAGAAGACGAACCACUUAAAGACACAAAGGGGAAGACAGAAGACGAACCACUUAAAGGCACAAAGAGGAAGACAGAAGACUCAAAGAAGUUAUUGGCAGAGCCACAGCCAACCUCGUGCCUUUCUAUUGAUGAAGUUACCAGUGACUCUGUUAAGGUAUCAUGGCAACCUCCGGAAGACCCAACGGGAAUCAUCGGAUACAGGUUGUAUUAUAGUGCAGGUAGCCCGACCCUGCCAUGGGUUGCAAAAGAGAAAAGCAAACCUCUUGAUGUUUGGAGUAAAGAAGGACAGAAAGCGCCCUAUUCACGCGUAUUAGACACAUUAAUGCCGAACACGAAGUACGACAUCACCGUCUGGUCAAUGGGUGGCUCUCGGGACGACCCAGUGCUGAGCUCACCCACGUCCGUAUCUGUUACAACAGAAAUUCCAACGGUGACUGGUCUCCAUGUGACUGCCUAUGACACAACAUCGAUCUCAAUCAGUUGGACGGCUGUAACAGCAUGGCGGGCUUGGCCUAUUCCUGAAAUUCGUGUCUACAUUUCGGCACCUGAUUGUCCGGAUGAAACAACGAAAUUACCAGGUGAAACAAGCACCACAAGAUUUGAGAAUCUUCACCCUGCGACCCUGUACACCAUCCACGUUGCUGCGUUAGGAUUUUGGGGAAAAGAAGGAAAGCCGACGACAGUAACGUGUCCGACAAGACCUCGGCCUAUUACAUCGAUCUCUAUAUGUGAACAAACGACAACCGUCAUUAAGGCAAAAUGGCCUGCUGCUGAAGACAAAGACGUCACAUACAUGGCACAGAUCACCGGUAAAGACCCGAUACUAGUUGGUAAAGACUUAGCAUGUUGUUUUGACGAGCUUGAGCCUGGUACUAGUUAUGAUAUAAGUAUAACCGUGAAACGUACAUUUGAGGACGGGAGAGAAGUUGAUAGCCGUCCACGUAAAACUAAGGCCUUCACCUGCCCUUCCCAUCCAGAAUCCGUUAGCGUAAAAUCAUAUGGCCAUUCGUCGGUAACACUUGCUUGGCAACCUCCUGCAGCUGGAAAUAUAGAUUGUUACAGAGUAGAAAUAUGGUGUACAGACCAAACUAAAGCAAGGAGUGACGAACACAAGCCAGAACAUAGUCGGCUAAUAGGCAAAUACUCAACCGAAUAUACAUUUGAUUCCCUUUCGACUUCCCCGGGUAGUCUUCACAAAGUAACAAUUUCAUCUUACUUCCAAAAUCUCAGCAGUGAGAUUGUGGAAAUAAUGCAGAGGACCAAGCUUCGUUCUCCAGACCUGAAGCUGCGCGAAAAAACGCAAACCUCUAUCACGGUUUCUUGGGAACAUGUGAUGGGUGAGAAAGAAAAGUACGUUCUCUCAAUAAGUCCGAAUGAGGGCGAACCCGAUGUAGUAAUUCCUUGCCAUGAGAAUAGGCUUCAACAUAAGUUUCGAAACCUAGUCCCAGGUAAAGAAUACAAAGCGUCAGCCAUUACAAUUUAUAAAGAUGCAGAAUGUGAACCAUGUACCGUGACCAUUGUCACAUUGCGAGAAGAUGUGGAAAGUGAAGAACGCGUAGUUGAAGAGCAAACUAUUGUCGGGCAGCCCAAGAAUGUUCGAGUCAAACAGGCUGGAGAUGGAGCACUGACGUUAAAGUGGGAAGACGCUGAGGGAGACAAGAAUGGAUAUAUCUUAGAGAUAGCCUCAGCUUCAGAAAUAAAAUCAGAAACGUAUCGGUAUGUUUCACGUUCACAAGCAAGGCGAUAUGAAUUGACAAAUCUAGUCCCAGGACGUCUUUAUUACAUAACGAUCAAAACGACAAGCCAUGGCCGUCACAGUGAACCAGUUACACUACAAGCACGGACAAUAGUUGCUAGAGCAAGAAACUUUGCUAGGGAAAAUGUGAAGGAGAGAAGCAUUGCCGUUAGCUGGACAAGUGCCCUUGGUGAGGUAGACAAGUAUAUUCUACAAAUAUCUUCUGAGACAUGGGCGGAACAAGUGCCAAUAACUCACAGUGAAGGGCGAAUGUCUUAUAUUUUCGGAGACCUCGAGCCGGGACGUCAUUACAACAUAUCUAUAAAAACUGAUCGGGAAGGAGACUAUAGUGAUGAAGUACCACUACUAAGGGUAAGAACAAUGGUCAGCAAGCCGGUGAAUUUAAAAGUUGAAGACAAACAAACUGACAGCCUUCGGGUGGUAUGGACCAGUGCGGAAGGGGACAAAGAUGCCUACCACAUCAGGAUAGAUCCACAAGAUGGAGAUAACCCGUCUGCAAUUUUAAAGAGCACCGAUGAAUUGGCAUACACAUUUAAAGAACUGAACCCUGGGAGGCUCUACACAGUCAGGGUCGUCACCGACAGUGGCGGAGACAAAAGUUUGGCAGAAGUAGUCAAGCGAAGAACGCUUCCGAGCCCACCGCGAGCCGUGGGAGCAUCAGUGCAAGGGACAGGCAUUCUUGUAACUUGGGAGCCAGCAAUCGGAGACAAGGACAAAUAUAUCUUGAAGCUUUUUUAUUAUGAAAAGGAUACCGGCGAAGAAACAGAUCCUCUUUGGCGUGAAGUUGAGGAGGGAAAGCCUACACAGCAAAUGUUUCCGCAGCUACAAUUUGGAAGAAUGUACCAUGUGCAUGUUAUAACCCGUACUGACGAUAUCGAUAGUGAACCAGUGGCUACAUCACGAAGGAUGACGGUUGACCGUCCAAAGAAUGUAUCAGUAAUGCAUAAAACGGAAACAACAGCCAUCAUCAAGUGGGAUCAUGCACAGGGUGACAAAGACAAGUACGCCGUGGAAAUACAGCCUAAUUCACAGACGGGCUAUGAAAACGAAGUUGACCAAGAACAAUUAACAUAUGACUUCGACGACCUUCAACCCGGAAGACUGCAUCACCUGUCUGUCUACACAAUUAGUGGAGACGACCGGAGUAAACCUGAACGUACACAAUUUACGACAUUGGCGCGUCCUCCAAAUAAAAUUUAUGUCAAUAAAGAAGACGUGAAGGAGAAAAGCUUACGUGUUUUCUGGCUCGAACCCGAGAGUGACGUGGACCAUUACGGGAUAAGUAUUUCUCAUUUAGGAAAAGAAAUAAGCCGACACGAGAUUUCUGCCUCGCCACGUGAGUACCUCUUCGGGAACCUCACCCCCGGUAGGCUGUACACAAUUUCAGUCUGGACUUAUGUUGGGGACCUGGGAAGUACAUCAGCUCCAAUAUCAGUACAAGAAAGAACAUUGGUUGCAAGUGCCAAGACGAUAAGAGUUGAGGAUUGUACUCAUUCGUCAAUAUCAUUUUCAUGGGAUAAAGCCGACGGUGACGUGGACUAUUAUGAGUAUCGUGUUAUGUAUGGGGAGGUUUGCGUCAAUACGAACAUAAAGACUCAGUCAUCCGACCAACGUUGGGUACAGGUUGAUGACCUAACCGGGGGACGUCUGUACGAGCUAGUUGUAGUAGCUGUGCGUAGUGAUAGGAGAAGCCUGCCUACCAAAAGAAAUCAUCGCACAAAAGUUCACAAACCUGAAGGCCUUCACGUCGCUGACGUCAAAAUGCAGCAAGUCACCAUCACAUGGGAGCAAGCACAGGGAGACAAAGACAAGUACACUGCAGUUGUAUUUGAUACUACACAUCAAGACAGAACUCCAAAGAGCAAAGGAGAUGUAUCUGCCACCGCCUCGGCUCUCGAACAUCGCUUCAGUGCUUUGGUACCCGGCCGAGAGUACGAAGUAGUGCUUAGGACUAUCAAUGGAGGAGAUGCAAGCGACCCUGAGAAACGGCUAGUAAGGACAAAGCCCCUGCCUCCGGUAAAUGUUAGGACAUCCGCCGUGGACACAGGAAUCAUGGUGGAGUGGUCAGAACCAAGCGGCGACAAAGACGAGUAUUUACUGGAGAUUUCGCCCAAGGAAGAUUUACAUACUCCUAUUGUCAUUUCAACUGGGGACGAGACCUCUUAUACUUUUCCAGGCGUUACGCUCGGAAAGUUGUACGACGUCAAGAUUUUCACCAGAAGCAAAGAUGUCGAUAGUGGUAAGGUAAUCAGACAGCAGCGGAUGACUGUAGGACAACCAAAUCUUGUACACCUUCACCCAUUCGAGACCUCUGUCAAAGUGACAUGGGAUCACGCAGAAGGUGAAAAGGAACGCUACCACAUCACGGUAUGGGACGUGGGACGGAAGACAUGUGUAUGGAGGGAAGAAAGAAACGCCGAUGAGGACUUGGAGGUUUUAUUUGAUGCUCUUGUAUCCGGAAGGCUGUAUGGAGUGGAGGUCACUACAGAGAGUGGAGGAGAGUUGAGUGAAUGCGUACCUAAAACAGUGAGAACUAAAAUUCGCCCUCCCGCACAGAUCAACAUAGCAGACAAUGACGUAAAGGAAAAUAGCCUUCGAAUCACGUGGCGUAAACCAGAUUGUGACAUCGACAUGGACUGUUAUCAUGUUUCGAUUUCCCCAGAGAAUGCUAUUGGUGUGGUAGAAAAAGGGCAACCUUUAGAGUAUACUUUCCAUAAUCUCACUUCAGGUCGCAAGUAUCAACUAAGCGUGACAACCGAUAGCGGUGGGGACAAAAGUGGUCCCGUCACCAAGACAAAAAGAACAACUGUCAGUCGCACAGAACAAAUCAAUGUUAGGGAAAGAACUGAAACUACUCUAACCAUAACUUGGCUCGACGUCAAGGGUGACAAGAGUUCGUACAUUGCCUCCAUACGAGAGAUGACCGCUGAAAUAUCUUUUCAACGUUUCCCCGACAUCCGGAUCCCUGCCUAUUCUCUGAACUCCCAAAGGUUUUCCAAUCUUACUGCUGGUAGAAUGUACGAAGUCUCUGUGGUCACAGUAAGUGGUGAAAUGGAAAGUUUGGCAAGAACCAUGCUGGUCAGAACAAUUGUGUCUCCUCCAAGAAAUGUAAUGAUUCCACAGGACAGUGUGACAGAACACAGUAUGGAUGUAGUAUGGGAGGACGCCAGGGGGGAUUACAAGUCAUACGAGCAUCUAAUAUCACCAAAAGAAGGUACAAGCAGAUACAUGGGAGAGGAGUCACUAGAUGGAACUCAGGUGCACAGAAGCAGAUUCGAGAAUCUGUUUCCAUGUAAAUUAUACACAAUCGAAUUGUGGACAAGGCAGGAAGAAGCUGACAGCGAAGUUAAAGUUCAAAGUCAUAGAACAAAAGUUGCGGCUGUGGAGGAAACAUCCAUAGUAUUCACGAACAUCAGUGAAAAUGAAGUCACUUUGGGAUGGAAAGAAGCCGAAGGAGAGAAGGACGGCUACACAGUAACCAUACACCCUUUCCCUGACGAUACUACGGCGGUUACACCACCACCGGCUGAAGUGAAGGCAGACGAUGACUUACAGCACACUUUCCGCGACCUUACCCCCGGACAGAAACACGCUAUUUCCAUUGUAACAUUCAAGGAAAAUGACAAAAGUUCGGAAGUCACCAAGACGGUACAUACAAAGCCAAAUAAACCCGAAGGCUUCCGCGUUGAAACUUUUGCAGAAAGCAUUGCCGUGUCUUGGUACUCCCCUAAAAGUAUACAAGAUGGGUAUGUGUUGAAAAUAACAACAGUUCCAGAGGAUCCGGAGUAUUACAUUCAAGCAACUUUUGACGAAAAGACAAUGUCUUCUAACGAUGAAGUUGCUAGCGUCUUAGACGAAUGCAAUGAAACAAGACAUUUCACUUACACGUUCAGGGAGAAGGGCACGAUAAAGGCGCGAACAAAAUAUAAAAUCUCAGCACAGACCAAAAGCGGCAAGAAACAAAAUGGUGGUCAAUGCAGUGAUGUGAUCGUUUUUGAAGGACGGACAAAGCCACAUCCUCCCAGAGAUCCUCGCCUAGUAAAGGAGGACAUAGAGAGUGUAACAUUUUCCUGGGCGCCGCCUAUAGAUGUAGAGCGAAAGCGAGAUAUCCACAGGUACAUCGUUCGGUAUAAAAGGCCAGAGGACGAGAAUGAACGGGAGCAUGACUGUCAGUUUAACACCUGGGCAAAAAUAGAACACUUGAGGGACGACACAAAUUAUGAUUUUUUCAUCAUAUCAGUGGUGGAAACAAGAGCUGAAGACGGGACAGUUGAACGGGUCGACAGUGAGAGGUGCAGAUUCACUUUCAAGACAAUGUCACAGAGCACGAAAAUUGCCAGACAGCUCUCAAAGCUAAGAAAAGCUCUUCCUAUCGUGAUCUGUGGUGGAGCAUUUGCCAUCUACCUGUUUAUCUUCCUUGGCGUGUUCGUUCACAACUGCGUCAGACCGUAUGGUCAGAGUGAGAUGGCCGCUACAACCGUAAUUCCAAGUGGAAACAGCUCGAACACCCCAACUAACAAUUCUUCUGUCAGACCGACUGCCAGCGCACAGUCGUUUAACAGUGGUUUAGCAGAGUGCUUCUUUGAAAAGGCUGGAGAACAGUUUUGGUACCUCGUAUUUUUCACUGCUGUUCCGGCUAUUUGCCUCCUAGCUAUCUUUCUGUGGAAAGUAAUCAAGCGCAUCAGACAGAACAUAAGGCGACGUGCAACCCCGGACGCAGAACAUGGACUAUUAGAUGACUUAGAAGUAGACACAGAAAUGACUGAAAUGCACCCAGUUGAAGAUAUACCAAAACUUGUGUACGGAAGAAACGCAACUUGACAAAGAUGGCUAACUAAUUGAUAAAGUUGUUAAAGUUGAUAAAGCUCGGAUCGCUAUAUAGUUGAAGGUCGAUGACGGACAUUGAACCAGCAUCCAAACUAUUCAGGUGUUUAACACGUCUCAUGAAACAAGACAGGACGGGUCGUUCGCCGCUGUACCACGAAGAAUUUUUUAAAUUUUUUUAUAACAAUCAGAACACAUUACAUAUGAUUCUCUCUAAUGGAGUAAAGCAAUGGAAAUGUAAAAAUUGAGGAAUCUUUGUGCAAGCUGUGAUCUUAGUUUCACUUAUUUCAUUAACGUGGCAUCAGAAUGCUUAAAAGAUCCUUUUAUACGGGUACAUCACCAGAUAAUAUGUGCACAUAUAUGAGAUAUGGAAUCAUAGGUACACUUGGUUUGUGAUUCAAAACAUGCUGGACUACUCUGCUGGUCUGGAUUUGUAGAUAGGUGAAAAUGU